UAUUUAGGCGCUUAUACUUUUGCUAAGUGGUUUGCCGAGCUUAUCCUCCAAUUUAUUGAGUAUGUCUUGAUGAGGGAUUCCAGUUUUACGCCGGCGAAUGGCAAAUGGAUGUUUUGAGAUACACUGAGAAUUCUGAGGCUUCUCGAAUAAGACCUAAACACAUCUUAAACUUGAACACAGACGAGAAACUCGAAUUUUUGGCGUCUUUCGACCGCGUUUUCUCCGACAUUGAUGGCGUGGCUUGGAACUUAACCAGCAGUAUACCGCGUGCUGUGGAAGGAUAUCAAGCGCUUUUAGAGGCUGGUAAAACUCUUAACUUCAUAAGCAACAAUAGCGUACGGUCACCCAGUGAAUAUGAGCGAAAAUUCAAAGAUAUAGGCUUGGAAGUUGAUUUGGACGCGCUGGUGCACCCAGCUAAGAGUAUUCUUCAAUAUCUUAAACAUAUAAAUUUCAAGGGUCUCAUCUAUGUAAUCGCCACGGAGCGGGUGAAGGAUAUGUUACGAGAGGCUGGCUAUGAUAUUAUUGAUGGCCCAACGAAGAUUAUUAAAGAAUCCUUCUCCGAUUUGGCUCGCAAUGUUUUCGGUGAUGAACCGGUGCGCGCUGUCAUCAUUGAUGUGGACUUUAACUUGUCUUCACCGAAACUCAUCCGUGCACACGUCUUCUUGCGUCAUCCCGAUUGUAUAUUAAUAGAGGGUGCCACUGAUAAGCUCUUACCGGUGGGAAACGACUUGGAUAUUAUUGGACCUGGACCAUUUGCCCAAGUUCUUGCAGGAUCGAGUAAAAAACACUUAAUUACGCUGGGUAAACCAGGCAAGGAAUUGGGUGAGAUGCUUGUGAAAAAUUUUGAAAUUGAGGAAACGAAACGCGUGCUGAUGAUUGGCGAUAUGUUGGAGCAAGAUAUUGGUUUUGGUAGGCAAUGUGGUUUUCAGACACUGGCCGUGCUGAGCGGUGGUUGUAAGCUGCAAGAUUUGGAAAGAGAAACUAUUCGCGAUAACAUACCCGAUUAUUAUGCGGAUAGUAUUGCGGAUUUUAUUGAAUUCAUGAAUGAUUUGAAUAAGUCCAAUGUGUGAUGAUUUUUUAAUGAGUACAAAAACAAAUAAUUAAGUUUUACGUUAAGUAUUUUAUUAAAUAUGUUUUUUAUUUCACCAUUAACUUACAAAUACUAAAUGGUAUUAU